UCUCUACAACUCUGAGCCUAACUAAGCCUUUUCUCCCUUUUCUUUGGAUGUUGGGUAUUUUGUCUCAGCCAUGAGAUAAAAAGGAACUGAGACAUACUCCGUUUUCAUGUGAGCCCAGAGAUUUUGCAGUGUAACCUCAACUUCCUGUGAGAUGAGUGCAAAUUAGUGUUUGAUAAACAAGACAUGAGGUAAAUAUUUGGAAAUCUCAGCCUUGUAAGAGCUUUUUAUGAGUAAAAUGGGGUUGUUUCUUGUCACGAAUCUCAGUUUUCUUCCUGGAAAUACAUGUCUGAUGAUGUAGGAGGCUGUGAAUUUCGAGGAUGUGGCUGUGAACUUCUCCAGGGAAGAGUGGGCUUUGCUGGAUCCAUCCCAGAAGAAGCUCUACAGAGAUGUGAUGUGGGAAAUCUUUAGGAACCUGGCUGCCAUAGGAAAGAACUCUGAUGACCAGCAAAUUGAAGAUAUUUACAGAAAUUGCAGGAAGCAUCUAAGAAGUGAAGAGGUAGAACAAUCUUAUCAAUAUAAAUUAUGGUAUCAACAUGGAGAAGUGGUUUCUCAGACUCCAGAUAAGACCAUGCACAUAAAAGAUGUUGGUGUAAAACCCGGUGAAAGCCUUUCCUCUAGGAGGCCCCUGGUUGGUCCUUCAUCAGCAGAUGGUACCAUCAUAGCUAACACUGCACUCAAACCACAUGAGCAGCAGGGAUUUCAAGAGAAGCUGUCUACCUGUGACAAACAUGGCAAAGCCUGCACAGAACUCCAGUCCUUUCAGAAACAUGCAAAGACAAGUCCUGGGGAGAAACUCCAAGAAUAUGCGCCAUGUGUGAAAUCCUAUUCUGACUGCACUGAAGAAAGUACCAUUGAAGAGAAGCCAGAUGUAAUUUCUUUCAUUAUACCCGACGAUGUUCAAAUGGAGGAAAGGAAUCACUGUGAAGUGAACAUGGAUACAUGCGUAUCAUGGCUCAAAGCUUUGAGUUUUCACCAGGAGAGUCAGACACAUGAAAAACUUGACUCUGGAGAAAAAACCUAUGCAGGUAAACACUAUGGAAAAUCCUGCACUAAAAAUUCACUGGGUAAUUGUGGAAGAUCUCAGAAUACAGAGAAACCCUAUGUAUGUAGGCAAUGUGGGAAAGUUUUCAACAGAAAAGAUAAUUGGCAAAGGCAUGAACAGACUCACACUGGGGAGAAAGCCUAUGUGUGUAAGCAAUGUGGGAGAGCUUUCAGCACACGUGGUGUUUGUCAGAUACAUGAAAGGACUCACACUGGGGAAAAACCCUAUGCAUGUAAGCAAUGUGGUAAAGCUUUCAGUACAAGUGGUAUUUGUAAAAAUCAUGAACGGACUCACACUGGGGAGAAACCCUAUCUAUGUAACCAAUGUGGGAAAGCUUUCAGCAGACAAGAUAGUUGUCAAGAACAUGAAAGAACCCACAGUGCAGAGAAACCCUAUGUAUGUCAGCAAUGUGGGAAAGCUUUCAAAACCCACAGAACUUGCCAAAGUCAUGUACGGACUCACACUGGGGAGAAACCUUAUGUAUGUAACCAAUGUGGGAAAGCCUUUGUCAGACUCAGAGAUUGUGAAUCACAUAUACGAACUCACACUGGGGAGAAACCCUAUGUAUGUCAGCAAUGUGGGAAAGCCUUUAUCAGACAAAGAGAUUGUGAAACACAUGUACGGACUCACACUGGGGAAAAACCCUAUGUAUGUCAGCAAUGUGGGAAAGCCUUUGUCAGACACAGAGAUUGUGAAACACAUAUAUGGACGCACACUGGGGAGAAACCCUAUGUAUGUAAGCACUGUGGGAAAGCCUUUGUCAGACACAGAGAUUGUGAAACACAUGUACGUAUUCAUACUGGAGAGAAACCCUAUGUAUGUAAGCAUUGUGGGAAAGCUUUCAUCACAUCUCAUAAGUGUCAAAUACAUGAAAGGAUUCACACUGGGGAGAAACCUUAUACAUGUAAACAAUGUGGAAAAGCUUUCCGCACAACUAGUCUUUGUCAAACCCAUGAACGGACUCACACUGGGCAGAAACCGUAUGUAUGUACACAAUGUGGGAAAGCUUUCAGCAGAAAAUCAGGUUGGCAGGUACAUAAAAGGACUCACACUGGUGAGAAACCCUAUGUAUGCAAGCAAUGUGGGAAAGCCUAUGUUGCACACAGAGAUUAUAAAACACACGUAAAGACUCACACUGGGGAGAAACCGUAUGUAUGUAACCAAUGUGGGAAAGCUUUCAGCAGGCAAUAUAGAUGUGAAGUACAUAAAAGAACUCACACAGGGGAGAAACCCUAUGCAUGUAAACAGUGUGGAAAAGCUUUCAGCACAAAGGCUGUUUUUAAAUAUCAUGAACAGACCCACACUGGGGAGAAACCCUAUUUGUGUAACCAGUGUGGGAAAGCUUUCAGCAGACAAUAUAAUUGUCAAGUACAUAAAAGAACUCACACAGGGGAGAAACCCUAUGUAUGUAACCAGUGUGGGAAAGCCUUCAGCACAAGUGCUAUUUGUAAAAAUCAUGAGCGGACUCACACUGGGGAGAAACCCUAUGUAUGUAAGCAAUGUGGGAAAGCCUUCAGUGGAAGAGCAGGUUGGAAAAUACAUGAACGAUCUCACUUGGGAGGAGCCUAUGUAUGUAAGCAAAGUGGGAAAGGCUUUGUCACACAGACAUUGUAAAACAUACAUGGGAGAAACCCCAUGUAUAUAAGCAAUGUGGAAAAGCUUUCAGUAGACAAGAUAGUUGUCAUGAACAUGAAAGGAUCCACAGU